AUGACUCUGAGGACACAGCACGUUCAGGACUCUAAGAUGGGCUUUGUAAUCAACGCAAUAUACUCGAUGGCAUACGGCCUCCACAACAUGCAGAUGUCACUGUGCCCAGGCUACGUGGGCCUCUGUGAUGCCAUGAAGCCCAUAGAUGGUCGGAAGCUCCUGGAAUCCCUCAUGAAGACUAACUUUACCGGAGUCUCUGGGGACAUGAUCUUGUUUGAUGAGAACGGUGACUCACCAGGAAGAUAUGAAAUCAUGAAUUUUAAGAAAAUGGGGAAGGACUACUUUGAUUAUAUCAAUGUUGGCAGCUGGGACAAUGGUGAACUGAAAAUGGACGAUGAUGAAAUAUGGUCAGAGAAAAAUAAUAUCAUCAGAUCUGUGUGCAGUGAACCCUGCGAAAAAGGCCAGAUAAAGGUGAUCCGUAAAGGAGAAGUGAGUUGUUGUUGGACCUGCACUCCUUGUAAAGAGAAUGAGUAUGUAUUUGAUGAAUACACAUGCAAAGCCUGCCAGCUCGGCUCUUGGCCCAACGACGACCUCACAGGGAAGGUGUGGCCUUUCGCUUCCAGUCCAUUUACAACCCAAGUCUCCAGCGUGAGCCACACCGCACUUCAGGCUCAAGCGAGCUGGUUCAAGAAUGUUGAGCUCAACAAACAGCUCUUGGAGGAUCCUCGGCUGGGUGAAGGGGGACUUGCCAACAAAGCCAGAAGGAUCCACUUGUAA